UCGAGUAUAUCAUAAAAAUCUGUGAUAAAUAUUGUAUGCGUGCGUGUGUGUAUGUGUGGAUCUACACUUUGUGUGAUCUCUGAGGCCAAAUAUGAGUCUUCUUCAUAUUAGUGAAGAAGGCUGGAUUAUAUCUCACUUGCAGUAUCUCGAUGAGAUAUACAAGAAAGUCCAAAACAUAGAUGGCUUUUGCACUUUAAGCUUUAACAAAAUGAUAUUUGAGAUCAAUUCUCAGUACUUGAGGCCAAAUCAAAUAGUUCAGACCAUCCAGGAGUCCCAGAACAAUGCUAUAAUAUACAAUAGAAAAAAGAGGAAGCGCUCACAGCAAUUGCCACAAAAAGACUUGGAAGAAGUUGAUCGCGUUAAACAAGCAUUUAUUGCAAUGAUGUCUGUCGCAAAAAACAAAGGACUUUUUUGCCAGAAUAACUUUCUUGAUAACAAUGAGGCAGCACGUUUGGCAUCUAUGAAAUUUUACCAGGAUACUUACUCUCUCAAAAAUGAGAAUCUCUAUGGUUCCAAUGAUACUGAUGACGCUAUUGUAUCAGUAGCUCAUAAUAAGAAAUAUGUAUUCCCCAAAAAAUGUACAUUUUAUUGCUAUGAUAUACGAGAUAUAGAAAAAAAAAUGGAACUGAGCAAUCAAUAUGAUUUUAUAUUGCUAGAUCCACCUUGGUGGAACAAGUCAAUCAGAAGGAAAAAGAUGAAAUGUGCAGAGGCCAGUUACAAAAUGAUGUACAAUGAGGAAUUAGUCAAGAUACCAAUAAAAAAACUGUUACAUCCAAAUGGUAUUGUAGCCGUAUGGUGCACUAAUUCGUCCAACCAUUUGAAUAGUAUUUUUAAUGAAAUGUUUCCAUCUUGGGGUAUUACUUAUAGAGCUAAGUGGUAUUGGCUCAAGGUGACACAAGCAGGUGACACAAUAUGUAACUUUAAUUCGGCACCUGGGAAACAGCCUUACGAAUUACUGAUAUUAGGGUCUGCAUUAGAAAAAGAACAUGAAGUAGAUAUUCCCGAUGGCAGAUUGAUGAUCAGUGUACCUAGUGCGGUACAUUCACAUAAACCACCACUCACAGAAAUCAUAAAGGAAUAUCUGCCGAACGAGCCAAAAUGUCUAGAAAUUUUUGCAAGAUACUUAUUGCCUGGAUGGACAAGUUGGGGACUAGAAAUUUUAAAGUUUCAACAUUUGUCGCUCUAUGAGAUUCUGGAUAAGUGUAAAAAAGAUGAAAAUAAUGUUAACAACAUAAAAAGCGAAAAUGAAAGUAAAGAAGAAUCAUAAAAUGUGUUCAGUAGUUCCGUUUUUUAACGAAGUUCGAUAACCGUGUGGAUUCAUCGUUUGCCACGUCCAGAAGUCAUGACC